UUCUAACAACCAUUUUACACAUUUCCAAAAACACAAACCAAACAUCAUCAAAUCCCAUUUCUGUUUCACCAUUUUCUUAUUUUUUUUCUUUUCAUUUUCGUGAGAUUCAUCUUUGAUUCUGUCAACCUUUUCUUCUCGAAUUCCGUAACAGUUCGAGCAAUUAAAAACAACAAUGGAGGAGGAUAAUGCUGAUGCAAAUUCAGAAUUAGACCCUGAAUUGGAGUCUAUAUAUGCAGAUAUGGAAUUGAUGAAGGAGAGAUUUGCAAAGUUGUUAUUAGGCGAGGACAUGUCGGGUGGAGGAAAAGGUGUUUCGUCGGCUUUGGCAUUGUCGAAUGCCAUCACGAAUCUUGCGGCUUCUGUAUUCGGAGAAAUCUCGCGCUUAGAACCAAUGGCACCGGAGAGUAAAGCAAGGUGGCAAAAAGAAAUCGAUUGGUUGUUAUCUGUGACCGAUCACAUUGUUGAAUUUGUGGCUUCGAAGCAAAAUACUAACGGCGUCACAAUGGAGAUUAUGAUUACAAGGCAACGAAGCGAUGUGAAUGUUAACAUACCUGCCCUUAAGAAGCUUGAUGGGAUGCUUAUGGAAUGUUUAGAUAAUUUUCGGGAUCAAACCGAGUUCACCUAUGUGUCCAAAAGCGACGCCGGAUCAAAAUCAAAUAGGAAAAGGGAAGACGAUAAAUGGUGGUUACCGACGCCAAAGGUUCCCCCGAGCGGUUUACCUGAUCUUACAAGAAAAUGGUUACAGUUUCAGCAAGACUCAGUGAACCAAGUACUCAAAGCAGCUAUGGCUAUGAAUGCUCACAUUCUUACAGAGAUGGAAAUCCCUGAAAAUUACAUUGAUGGCCUCCCCAAGAAUGGGCGUGCAAGCUUAGGCGAUGCGGUUUAUAAAAAUAUUACGGUUGAUCACUUUGAUCCAGACAGUUUCCUUGCAGCUAUGGACUUAUCUUCCGAGCAUAAAAUUCUUGAUCUAAAGAACCGAAUGGAGGCGUCUGUCGUGAUAUGGAGAAGAAAAAUGACAAACAAAGAUGGAAAAUCCGGUUGGGGUUCGGGUGUGAGUAUUGAGAAAAGGGAGCAAUUUGAAGAUAGAGCGGAAACAAUAUUACUUAUAUUAAAACAUCGUUACCCUGGUAUUUCUCAAUCCGCAUUAGAUGUCAGCAAAAUCGAACAUAAUCGAGACGUUGGGCACGCGAUUCUUGAGAGCUAUUCAAGAAUACUAGAAAGCUUAGCACACAAAGUAAUGUCACGAAUCGAAGACGUGAUGCACGCAGAUAGUCUUGCAAGAAACCCUUCGGCUAGUCUAAAACGAAACUCUCUAAAAGAUUCAGCAUCAAGAGCGUCAGGAAAAUUCCCCGACGCAAAGGAAGAACUAGAAAAACUUAACUACGCGAAUGCCCCAACGUCAAUGACAUUAUCCGAGUUCAUAGCUUGGACAACGGAACAAGAAAAAGAACCGAAAGAAGAAGUAUCAAACGGAACGUUAGCAAAACAAACAUCGGCUACAAACAGUAAGAAACUUUCGUAUUUAGAGAAGAUGGAGAAUUUAGGGGGAAGAAGUCCGUCGACCCGCCAGUAACCGAGAUUUAUUUAUGCUAGUAAGUGAAGUUAUAGAAAUGAAGUUUCAUGUGUAAAUAUUCAGACUUACUACAUAGAGUCUGUAAGUUUGUCAUGUGUAAAUAUAGAAAGUACAAAAGCACUUUUAAAUAGUGCUAAUCUUGUACAACAUAAUAUGUUAACUUUCACCUUAGUAAAAAUAUAUGGUUAUUUCAAAUAA